UGGACAUCGUCAACGAGGAUAGUUUCACGCAAGAUGAAAUCCUCCGGAAAACUUGCGUCCGACAAAGCCACAGCUUCCACAAAGGUGGUUAAAAAUUCACAGUGCCUGGUAUGCCGUAGGGUCACGAAGCAGCAGUCGGAGAAGAAAGGCAAAGUCAAGCGUGGUAUCUUGGCUCCAUCAAAGAAAACCAAUGCUCCUCAAGCCACCUCUGGACGCGACACUGCCAUAAACCCUGGCCCAGCUGCUGCGGCGCAACCCAAGUUGAGUAGCAAGCAGAGGGCAAAAGCAAGAAAAGAUCGAGACGGUUUGCAGGCCCUUUUGAACCGCACUACUCAGACUAGCAGUCAACCGUCUCUCAGUUUCAUGGACAUGAUGAAGCGAUGACCUUUUCCAUCUGCCGCUGAACA